AUGCUGCUGCAGCUCCUGCGCCGCGCCGGCGCCGCUCCUGCCGCCUCCAGACUCUUGGCACGCGAUGCACAGCCGCUAGCUCUUUCGUCUCGCCGCCGCAGUGUGCUCGCGCGCUUCAGCAGCGGCCAGCCGAGCGCCGACAAGCCGCUGGGGCUCAAGGACGGCGCCCAGACCGUGUCGGGGCUGUCGCCCACCAUGCAGAUGCUGGCGGUGUACGUGGUCGUGGCCAUGUCGGCCAUGGGCGUCGUGGCGCGCUUCAAGAGCCGGGAUGCCAAGGAGGAUGAGAACGUGCGCAUCUUCAACAUGGCCAAGCGCGCCGUGGUCAAGGACCGGCGCGUGUUCGAGACCGUCGGGUACCCGAAGGACUUCGAGCGCAUCAAGGAGCUGGACGCCGACGGCUCUCCGAUUGAGCCCACGAGCAGCGAAGGUAGCUUCCGGGUCAAGGGCGACAGCGGCAGCGUCGUGGUGCACUACCGCCAGAACCUGCACGCGGGCGAGGACGACGAGGAACGCGACAGCAGCAUCGUGACGUUCGACGAGCUGAGCGUCGAGCUGGAAGACGGCUCGCGCUUCUCGGCGCUCGAGUCGUUCCUGGCCAACCAGGACGUGGUGACGCACCAGAAGUCCGAGACGCUGGGCAACAAGAUGUUCUUCCCCGUGAUCGGCGGCGUGCUCAUCGGCGGCGUGGCGUCCUUCUUCGCCAUCCGCAUCCUGCGCAACCGACCGUUCUACGUGCACAAGCUCGUGCUGGACCACGUCAACAACCACGACCUGGCGCGGCAGCUGCUGGGCCACCCCAUCAAGAGCGACCGCUCCAAGUACGUGGGCGUGCUCAACAACGAGGCCGCCAACUACACGAUCGCGUGCAGCGGGCCCAAGGGCAACGGCACGCUCAUCGUCAAGGCCUUCAAGAAGGAGAACCCCGACGAGAAGGCCGCGGAGGACAAGGCCACGAGCGUCAUGGCCACCCCCGGCACGUCCUGGAAGUUCUCCACGCUCGUGCUCUCCGUCGCGCGCAACGAGAAGCGCAAGAACAAGAACGCAAAGACCAUCAACCUCCUCAACGGCGGCGACGUGCCGCCCGCGUCGGCGCAGCGGCAUUAG